UGAACAUUCAUUUCUUCUCAUGGCACUUUUAGGCUCUUCAGGUGAGUGAUCAUUUUCCUGUAGAAGUUGACCUGAAGCCUAACAGCCGCUACCUCCUCCGCAAUGAGCUGUAGGACAAGCAGCAACAAACCAGGAUGUCUGAUUGGAACUGUAGUUUACAAAAUAAAUCAAAGUUUCCAACAAAAUAUUCACUGACAAUUACAGUUAUUUUGUAAUGACUCUAACUCAUCACUAAAGCGGUACUGUACUCAUCUCAGUAUAAUACAGUAGGACACCAUAAACAUGAGUUUUUUUAGCAUGAAGGAACAACUGCAUGAGUGUUGUGCAUCUGAAACUGAGACCACAUCAAAGCUGACAUCAUUUCAUGAGCUCAUGAAGGUAGGUUCCUGAAGACAUGCAAAACAUUACUUUUGUGAUUUAACUUUUUAGAGAGACACACAUUUUGAUCAUCUUCAGUUUUACGGUACGGCUUACAUUAUGUAGACAUUUGUAGUUUUAUAUAUAUAUAACCAAAUACAUUAGAUUGAAUGUGUAAUUUAUGCAACGUCUGUUUGACAGGAAGCCAUGUGCCGCAACAUGAGAGUUAGAUCGCGCUCUCUUCCUUUCUGAGAAGAGAUUAUCUGUGGCAGUAAUGUUUGUCUUGAUAUAACUUGUACUUUAUAAACUAUUGUUUUCCCUGUUUGAAAAGAUGGAAACAAGUUUUGCUGAUCUACUAAAAUUAUGCUUUUUCAGAAACAGCUGCUACAUCAUUCCCUGAUUUGGACCUUGAGAAUUUAAAUUUUGAAGAAAGAUUUGAGGCAGACAUCUCUGAAGAAAACUUUCUUACAAAGGAAGACGGGGCGCUGCAACAGGAAGCAACUGGUCAAACUGCAGUGUUCUCUGCUAUGGAAACUAAAGAUAUAAACAUGGCUAAAAGGGUUGAUGAAGAGCAGUGUGAUGAUACAAGCGAAGAGGAGGAUUUUGAAGGUGGAAAGGUCAUGAACAGGGACAAAACACCGGAGCAGGAUUACUCAAGCUCAGAAGGAGAGACUGAAGAGAUAGGCUCUGGAGAAGAUGAAGAGGCUGAGGAAGAUAAUAUGCGAACAGGAGAGAAAUCAGAGGAUCUAUCGAGGUUGGAUCGCUGCGGCAACGAGUUUUGCGAGGGGAAUAAAGAGGACAGGAUCUUUACUGAGGGACAACCUCUGGACCCGCAGGGUGCUGAACACCCUCAAGUUAGAAACAAGGAGCAAGGUGAGAGCGAGAGUGAUGAGGAGGUGUCCUAUUUUGAGAGAGUCCCUGAACGUGGCAUUGAGAUGAUGAUAAGAGGUGACGGGAUUGAAGAGGACGAGCAAGAGAGGAAAAAGGAAACGAAAGAGAACUUGUGUGAUUCUGAGCGUGAGGGUAUGAAAAUCAAACAAGAAGAAACAGCUGUUCUCGCUCUGUGCUGUGAGCAGAAGCUUGAAAAUCCUUCCGUGGAUGGCCCAGCGAAAGCCAAUUUGGAGUUUCCAGAAAUAUCAGUGCAACACCUGCAGGAUCUUUUUACUGAAGUUGACAGUGAGAAAUAUGGAGAGAAAAUGAAGGAUUUCUCAGGGGAGGAGCACCAAGAUGCAGGUGAGAGCUUUGCAGAUUACCCCUCAGACUUUUCUUCAUGUGAAUAUGUAGAAGAUGGAGGAACGAAUCAAGAGAAGAAUCACCAGUCAAUCGCCUUGGCUUGUCCAUCAGACAACGAUUCAAUUAAAAAGCAGGAAACCUGUCAGGAAAGAGCUGUAACAGAUGUAAUGUGGAUGGGAAGAGCUGAGGACACUGAUGAGGAGGGGGGCGGGUAUCUGUACAGCAGAGAUCUAGAGGUGGAUUCCAACGAGUUCAGGAGCCUGGAUGUGGCUGAUAGAGAAAAAGACAUUGUGGAGAACGUGUCUGGCGAUGCAGCUGUGACGGCAGUAGAUGAAGGAGGUGCAACAGGUGAGAGUGAUUCCUACACCUCCAGUGAUGAUGAGGUCCAAGUAAAAAGGAGUGAUGAGGAACUCCUUGAUUGUAUGCGUCUACAAGAUCUUGAAAGCAGUAAGCAACUGGAGGAGACUCACGGUGAGAGCGGUGCAGCCUUUUCUGACGACUACAACAGAGUGGAUCCAGCAGAUUUCAACAAUUAUUGGAAUCUAGACGUGUCAACAACUGAUAGCCUUCUGUCUGAGGACCUGUUAACCACAGAGGACACAGAUGAAGCGGAUACACCGCCUUCAGAUGUGACUCAGCAUUGUGCAGAAGACGGCAACAGCUACUCAGUGGUACAGCGAGGGGAUGCAAAAACAACAAACCGCUCCAACCAGGGAUCCCUGGAUGAUAGCUUCUUCUUCAACACCGAACAUGAAGCCUCUGGGAUCAUGGAGACUGGACAGUUGGGAGAAGACGAGUAUGAAGAGGAGAGGAACUGGGAACAAGAGCAGAAGAGAAUCAAGGCUUUCUACGAGUUUUAUGACGACAGCGACGGAGAGAACAAAAGAGAAGGAAGACCGAUAAAAGUUCAGUUUUGUGCAGAUCCACUGUCUCAAGUCAUUCACUAUGAAACUGAUAGCAGUGACAGAGCUUCACUCAGCAGCUCCACAGACGGGGAGGAGGACCUGAGCUCCGCAGACACAUCCGAGGAAUUUAGGGAGCUUGACGACGCCACGGAAAUGUCACAUGCUGGUGACCCCCCAAACACUCAGCCACCAGAGAAUGUGCCAGAUAUCAGCAACACACACAUUUGUAACAGGAAACACAAAUGCUUCAACAUGCUGAAGCUGACACUGAAGAUGGCUCUGGUGAUACUGACGGGACUGCUGAUGUUCUGGUUUGCCACAGACCAAGCGGGCUGGUUCAGCCAUGUGUCGUUCUUUUAGGUCAAACCCUAAUUUGUUGUCAUUUAAAUUUGUUUACAUGCUUACGGCUGAUGAAAGAUGAAUCCAAAAUGACAAUAUUGUCUGGUAAAAAUGCUAUGUAAAGUGUUAAACAUUCAUGCAAUUGUGUGCUUAAUAAAUAUCUAUCUUUGUCUACAA